AUGCCAUCGCAUAUCGGAAUUGUAUUCAACUCAGAGCAAGUAGAUAAAUAUGCUAACAAAAUACAAGAAGUUGUUGAUUUGGCAUCUUCAAUCAAAGAUGUUCAUGAAAUUUCGCUAUUUUUUACCAAAAAUACCCUGAAGUUGAACUUUAUAUCUGACAAAAUUAAAGUAUUUACGCAAGAUUCUGUAGAACAAGCUUUUAUACAAGAAAUGAAAAAACAAUCUCCAAUUGGAAGCAGUUCAGAGCCAUUUAAAUCACCACUUGAUGUGGUCAUAUUCUACUGCAGAGUCCAUUCUCUUUGCAACUUCUUCCCGUGGAGAUUAGACUUAUGCACGCUUGUUUACCCAGGCGAUAUUAAAAUCUGUUCAAAAUACUCGUUCUACCAUUCAAUUGCAGAGUAUCAGAAAACAGAACAGAGAUGUGGAAAAUAA